AUGCUCGCGGAGCGCAUGCCGAAGAACAACAUCGACUGCUGGCUAAUCAACGCGGGCUCGACGGGGGGCAAGUACGGGACGGGUCAGCGCUGCCCGCUGAAGUACACAUGCAUGGUCGUCGACGUGGUGCGCUCGGGCGAGCUCGCCAAGGAGGCGUACGGGACGUCCGGGAUGUUCGGCCUCCAGGUCCCGACCCACAUCGAGGGCGUGCCGCGCGAGCUGUUGAGCCUCCGCUUGGCGUGGACGGACGAGGCGGCAUUUGAGGGGGAGGCGAGGAACCUGGCGGCGAUGUUCCAGAAGGCGUUUGCGUUGAUCAGGACUUUCUUUCGGUACCUAGACCCUGGCUGUACCCAUCCCAAGUCGUCCAAAGUAACGCUGCUCGUGGGACGACAGGCGCCGCGGCUUUCUCUGCGACAUACCCCAAGUGCCCGAAAUUGAU